AUGUCUUCUGCUCCUGUAUCAAUGUCAGAUUUCAACAAACUUCCAACCGAUCCAAACGUCUCUCCAAUGACUAUCGAACAAUCUAAGGGAAGUUUCUGGUCUUCUAACCCACUUUCAAGUUAUGUCAUAGAUACUUAUAACCAAGUACAAGCUCACAGAAAGGGUCUUUCUCUAGUGAACCCAGGUACAGUGGAAAAUUUGAAUAAAGAAGUCUCUCGUGACGUUUUCUUAUCUCAAUAUUUCUUUACAGGGUUAAGAGCUGAUCUAAAUAAGGCAUUCGCUUUAAAUCCUGCCUUCCAAACUUCUCAUACUUUUUCCAUUGGAUCAACUAACUUACCAAACUAUGCAUUCUCAGCUCUUUUCGCAGAUGAUAACCUUUUCGUUCAAGGUAAUUUAGAUAACGACAUGUCAUUAUCUGGUAGAUUUAAUUACGGUUGGGACAAAACAAACAUUUCCAAGGCAAACAUACAAAUCGCCAAUGGCCAACCAACAAUGUGCCAAUUAGAACAAGAUUACCAAGCUUCCGAUUUCUCCAUCAAUUUGAAGACAUUAAAUCCACAAUUCGCCACAAAGGAUGGUAGUUUCACAGGUGUCGCCGUGGGUUCCCUUCUACAAAGUAUUACUCCACAAUUGGCUCUUGGUCUUGAAGUCCUUUACUCCAGACCUCAAGCAAUUGCUCCAGCUGAUGCAGGUGUAUCAUAUUUAACCCGUUACGUCUCUAAGAAACAAGAUUGGAUCUUUUCAGGCCAAUUACAAGCUAGUGGUGUCCUUGUUGCCUCCUUCUGGAGGAAAAUUACUCCAAAUGUGGAAGCUGCCAUUGAAACUACUUUACAAGCCGGUAUGGUUCCAAUUACUGAUCCUGUUGUUGGCACUCCAAUUGGUAUCCAACCAACAGUCGAGGGAUCCACUACUAUUGGUGCUAAGUAUGAAUAUAGACAAUCUAUCUUCCGUGGGAUUAUAGAUUCCAACGGGAAAAUUGGUUGUUUCUUAGAAAGAAAAAUCUUACCAACUUUAUCUGUCUUAUUCUGUGGUGAAAUUGAUCAUUUCAAAAAUCAAAGUAAAUUAGGUUGUGGGCUACAAUUUGAAACUGCAGGAAAUCAAGAAUUAUUAAUGAUGCAACAAGGUUUGGAUGUAGAUGGUAAUCCAUUACAAUCAAUGCCACAACAAGCUUAA